AUGGAACUCUCUACGAUCCUGAUCAUCGUCGCAGUCUAUAUCGUGUUCACCAUUAUCAAGUCCCGCUCCACGGACUCGACAGCCACCAUGUCUCACGGAAAGGUGGUGAACGUUGACAACGAGGUCAUCUUCAAAGCGCUGACCUCGUCCGGCCCCGUCGUCAUCGACUUCUACGCCACCUGGUGUGGCCCCUGCAAGGCCGUCGCGCCCAAAGUGGGCGAGUUCAGUGAUAAAUACGAGAACGUGCGCUUCAUCCAAAUCGACGUCGAUAAGCUGGGGUCGGUGGCUCAGCAGCUCGGGGUGACGGCCAUGCCGACGUUUGUUUUCUUCAAGGAUGGUCAGGAGUUCGGGCAGCGGGUGCGUGGGGCCAAUCUCAAGGCUUUGGAGGAGGGUAUCAAGGGGCUCUCUGCAUGA